AUGGCCCAACGCAAGUUUGUGAGGAAGCCACUCUCUAGCCGCGAUGCAUCCCGGCGACAAUCACAAAAAGGCCUUGAUCCUUCCACAACGCCUGCUGCGCCUGCGCCUGCGCCAGCGACAGCGACCGCAAACCCAACCAAGCCGCCUCAGGCCAGGCGUGCCUCGACCGUGAGGGUAUCGCGGAGGAAAAACCCUGCUCAGCCCGAGAAUGUGCCCGCCGCUGCCCAAUCGCCACCUAUGACAAACCCCGAGGUUGAUGAACCCGAGAUUAAAGAGCCAACUCCCACUUGGGCCGAAGAUAAUGCAGCGCCCCGCGACGCCCAAGAUGACAACCAGGCGCGGCCCAGCACAGCCGACAAAGACGUGGUUGCCACCCGCUCUCUCUGGUCCCCGCCUUUCAGCCCCGUCUCAAAGCCACCACAACGUGAACGUCAGGCAACCUUCACCCCGCGUCGUAACAUCCCACGCAAAGUCGCAUCACCCAAGCCGCGGGCCGAAGUUAGUAAUGCUACUACUAAUAACCACGACGGCGUCAAGGACACCACCAAGGACCACACCCAAUCAGAACAGCCCCAGGAGUUCAAGGCCAUCGUCAACCAUCGCAUCUCAGCUGCCUCACCUAACCUGUUCGAUCUGUGCAUCAGCUGGGAUGUUCCCCGCGGCUCCGAUGAGGAGGCGUUCACCUGGGAAGCUGAAGAAACAAUUCAGCAGGAUGCUCCAGCAGCGUUGUUUGAGUACUGGCGCAGUAUCGAAGGCGGCAGGGAGGCUCAAAUGCGUGACCAGGGACUGUGGCACGUCUUUGAUAUUAAAGACCAUCGCGUCAAACCGAAGUCGGGCGCGGUGGAGGUGUGUGUGACCUGGGUGGGAUCCGACGUCCCGAGCUGGGAGUCCGAGAGCAAGAUUUCAAAAAUUGCACCGCAGGAGUUGGAGGCGUAUUGGGCACGGAGGGGAGGUAAAGAAGCGAUUGGUGGCGCGAAGAAACGGCGAGGGGUGGGCUCAACGCCGCAGGCGAAAAGGGUGAAGGCGUAG